GGUCGGAAAAGGAAAAAUGAAAUUGUAAAAUGUCAAAAGAACCCCGGGUCUAGGUUUUUCGCUCUCGUCCACCGCCACGCACUCUUCACUCGCAGAUUCAAACGUUUCCGAGGUGAGGCUGAGGCAUCUCUCUCUGCUUUCUAGAAUGGGAGCUGGGCGUGGAGUCUCCAUCUCACUUGAUGGGGUGAGGGACAAGAACCUUAUGCAGCUCAAAAAGCUCAAUCUCGCUCUUUUCCCCGUUCGUUACAAUGACAAAUACUAUGUCGAUGCACUCGCUUCCGGUGAAUUUACCAAACUAGCUUACUAUAGUGAUAUUUGUGUUGGAGCAAUUGCAUGCCGGCUGGAGAAGAAGGAAGGUGGGGGGCAAGUUCGGGUUUACAUCAUGACGUUAGGUGUUUUGGCACCUUACCGUGGACUUGGUAUUGGAACAAAGUUAUUGAAUCAUGUUCUUGAUCUUUGCUCCAAGCAAAACAUUUCUGAGGUUUACUUGCAUGUGCAGACAAACAAUGAAGAUGCCAUAAACUUCUACAAGAAAUUUGGGUUUGAAAUUACAGAAACAAUCCAGAACUAUUAUACAAACAUUACACCGCCAGACUGCUAUGUUCUCACGAGGUAUACGGCAAGCACAACGAAGAAAUAACAUUUCAGCCAGUUAUUUUGAGGGGAAGUGAUCAGAGAUUGUUGCAUUGUUUUAUGGUUUUUGCCAUGGAUGUAUUACACUAAAGUUUUUUAUGUCCAAUGCUAGACUUUACCAUAAAGUUAGCUAAAAAAAAAAGCAGCACUUGGAGAUCUCUUGCUAAGGUACUAUUAUGCUAUUUUACC